AUGGCAAUCACAUCCUCCUUCUUCUGUGUUCCGACCCCGAACACCACAUCUAUCUCUGAAUCCAAUCUCACAUGGCCCCACCUCACCUUUUCUCCUAGACUCUCUUCCUCCUCCUCCUUUUCCGGCGCUCUCUCCGCAAAGUCCAUCUCUUUCCACCGCCGCGGCCCUAUCUCCCCUAUUUUUUCCGCUUCAAUCGACAACGGCGGCUCUGAUGGUAACAACAACAACGGAGGAGGAGGAGGUGGAGGUGGCGACGGCGGUAAGAGUGAUGGGGAUAGAGAAGGUGGCGAGGACAGAGAUAGGAACAGGAACGAGGCGAUGCUUAUAUUGGCCGAGUCUGGAACCGGAUUGGAUACUCUGCCCAAGGAUCUAGCGGCUGCUAUUGAGUCGGGUCGGAUUCCUGGAUCGGUUAUCACCCGGUUCCUCGAGCUCCAGAAAUCGGCUGUGAUGCGGUGGCUGAUGCAGUUUGCUGGGUUUAGGGAGAGACUAUUGGCCGAUGAUCUCUUCCUGGCCAAGCUCGCCAUGGAAUGUGGUGUUGGUGUCUUCACCAAGACUGCUGCUGAGUAUGAACGGCGUAGAGAGAACUUCUUCAAUGAACUUGAAGUUGUCUUCGCCGAUGUGGUGAUGGCCAUCAUUGCCGAUUUUAUGUUGGUGUAUCUUCCUGCUCCUACCGUUUCUCUUCGACCACCUCUCGCACUUACUGCUGGAGGUAUCUCCAAGUUUUUCCACAACUGCCCAGAUAAUGCGUUCCAGAUUGCUAUCUCUGGAACCUCAUAUACUCUCUUGCAAAGGCUAGGUGCAAUAGCGCGCAAUGGGGCUAAGCUGUUUGCCGUUGGAACCACAUCAUCGCUGGUUGGAACCGCUGUUACAAAUGCAUUUAUAAAAGCACGAGGAGCUGUGGACCAGUCUUCUGAAGGUGAAGUCGAGACUGUGCCAAUUGUCUCCACAAGCGUUGCAUAUGGUGUCUACAUGGCAGUUUCCAGCAACCUAAGGUACCAAGUAUUGGCUGGUGUGAUUGAACAACGUCUCCUGGAGCCAAUGCUACACCAACACAAGCUUGCACUCAGUGCCAUGUGUUUCGCUGUUAGAACAGGCAACACAUUCCUGGGUUCCUUAUUAUGGGUGGAUUACGCACGUCUCAUAGGGAUCCAGAAAUCUCAUUGA